CCCAGCUUCCCCCUCCGCCAUCCCUCCGCUAAACGGGGUCCCUUCUCCUUCCCUUUCUUCCUGGCGAACGUAUGAGCAAGCAAGCCGGGAAUUCAAAAAAUUUCGCAACUCAGAAGGCAAAGGAUUUGCCAGGAGGUCGAAGGAGAGGCAUUCUUCUUCAGCUUCUGGGGUUCACUUCACUAGAGUAAACAGCUGCCAGGGAGAAGAUGGUGAGGCUCACCGCCGACUUGAUUUGGAAGAGCCCUCAUUUUUUCAACGCCAUCAAAGAGCGUGAAUUGGAUCUUCGAGGUAACAAGAUCCCUGUCAUUGAGAAUUUGGGUGCUACCGAGGACCAAUUUGAUACAAUUGAUUUGUCUGAUAAUGAGAUUGUCAAGCUGGAAAACCUGCCAUUUCUUAAUCGCUUAGGCACUGUGCUACUGAAUAACAACAGGAUUACCCGUAUUAGCUCUAGAAUCGGAGAGUUCUUGCCGAAACUGCAUUCAUUAGUUCUGACAAACAACAGACUUGUCAAUUUGGUGGAGAUCGAUCCUCUCGCCUCUCUUCCAAAACUGCAGUUCCUCAGUCUUCUAGACAACAACAUCACAAAAAGGCCCAAUUAUAGGCUGUAUGUAAUUUUCAAACUAAAAUCCCUUCGAGUUCUUGAUUUCAAGAAAGUGAAAGCAAAGGUGAGGUCAUGUUCAGAUACUGUAUGUCUCAGUUACUUUUAUGUAUCUAUACUCGUAUUUCAAGAGAGAGCAGAGGCAGAGAUCUUAUUUGCAUCUAAGGAAGUAGAAGAGGAAGCUAAAAAAGAAGUUGUUAAGCCUUUCACCCCUGCUGAGGCUCCUAUUGAUGUGGAUGUUGCAGGGGAACAACAGAAUGCAAAGGUGGUAGGACCCACACCGGAACAAAUCAUAGCUAUUAAGGCUGCCAUUGUGAAUUCUCAAACUCUUGAAGAAGUUGCAAGACUAGAGAAGGCAUUGAGCACGGGGCAGCUUCCAGCGGAUUUGAAACUUUUCGAUGAAGUGCCCCAGUCAGACACUAGUGCAGGAGAAAAAGACGAGGAAAUGACCACUGAUGAGAUCCCUACUGGACCUACAGAUAUGGAUCAGGACAAGAGAGUGAAGAGCGUCGGCGACGAGUUGCGAGAGGAUGACGGCUUUCGAUCUCCCUCCUUCCAGCUUUAUCUCUCUCACCGACGGUGCUCCUCUGCUCUCACUACGUGCCUCUGUCUCUCUAUUAAGGUCAAUCCAUCACCGACUUUCCAUUCGGAGAAAAAGACCGAAUUAAAACUUCGCAUCGCCGCUCCUCGAAUCGCUAGAGAUGAGAAG